AUGAAAGAAAAUAAUGUCGCUGAAGAAGAAAAACCCUCUUCAGCGCAGAAAAAGGCUAGCAGUGAGAUUGAUGAAAUCUUUUUGGGAAAAAAGAGGAAGAAAUCUGAACCAGAAAAGGCUGAAAAGCCAAAUGAAGAUGCAACUAGAAAUCCUAAGAAGAUGAAGAAAAAGAACAAGAAUAAAGGGUCUAAUGAUGGUGGGUUUGUGGAUCCACCUUCUCGGCCUAAAAAGAGGACAAAGGAUGGCCUUGCUCUCUACACAGAAGAGGAGUUGGGUAUCAAUAAGGCAGAUGCUGGAAGUACCCCACUUUGUCCCUUUGAUUGUUCUUGUUGUUUCUGA